UCAAAGCAUGUACCAUAACCACUUUGCUCCAUCCUCUCUUUUUCCUUCUUAUACAUUACUACAACCGCUUUCCCUACACCUUCACCACCACCGUCACUGCCACCCCUGUCACCUUUAUAAUCUCACCCAUACAUUACCACACACCACUGUUAAUUACCGCAACAGCUCUUAUCCAUCAAUACGCCAUUAGCUCACACUGUCAAUUUUACAAACUCGCCCCCAAAACUGUGCACACAUACACCACCAUCGUGUCUACCAUUACAACUAUCAUUACAGUUUAACCCUCCUCCACCACCACACACACAUACACAUACCCACUACCACCAACUUCCCUGUCACAGCAGCUUCAUCCACGACAACACCAUCACCACAUCAAGUGACACUUCCGUAUGCUCCACCAGCACCAGAGUCCUUUAGUGAAGCUAUUCUAGCGGUUGUGUUCACUUUGAGACGGUGUUUAAGUAUGAAGAUGUCAACACGGCUAAAACUAUACUUUAUGACCAAACUAUAUACUGUAUGUGUUGCUUUAUCCUUGUUGCUAAUGGCAACAACAGCAGGCGCAAAAGACAGUCAGCUAGGAGAUCGAUAUUGCUUUCCACCAUGGGAGCCAAUAAAUGGACAUUAUAAUAUAUGGGGUGAUGGUCUAUUAGUGGAAUUUGAAUGUAACAAAGGAUUUAACUUAGUUGGCGACUCUUUCGGAGCUUGUGAUACUGAAGCUGGAAUUUGGACUGUUUCCCCACCACUUUGCCUUGGUACAAAAUGUAAAGAACCAAAGUACUUCACUUAUGGGCAAAUGACAAUUAAACACAACGGUGGGAUGAUUACAUUUGACUGUAAAGCCGGUUAUCAUCUAUUUGGAUCGCGGACUCUCCAAUGUGACGGAACCAAAUGGAAUACCACUCUGCCAGCUUGUCUCAGAAACAGAGGCAAAUAUCCUUCAAGCUACAUGGAGAAGUUGAUUAAUGCCAAACGUCUAAGGCUGCAGUAUCGCAAGAAUAAUAUGACGAGUUUGCUGGAGUCAGAUGACAGCUGUAAUGUAGAGCGAAUCGAUCCGCCAGAGAUUGAGAAUGCACGAUUUCGGACCUCAUUCUAUUAUAAUGUAAUGAAUAAGUCUUACGUAAUGUUUGCCACUUACCAGUGUGUUACAGGCUACAAAUUAAGAUACGCGGACAUGCGGCAUUUAUACUGCCAGAAUCGAAAAUGGCGAGCUCCAGUUUUCCCGGAAUGCAUCAAGAAUAUGACAGCCUGUGAAAGGAACAAUGGUGGAUGCCAACAGAUGUGUGUAAUACGGGAACAUGGUUAUAGUUGUGAGUGCAGGACUGGUUUUACACUGGGUGAAAACAGGAGAAAUUGUAUAGACUUCAACGAAUGUAUUUUCAACAACGGCAACUGUCACCAGGUAUGCUAUAAUACACCAGGUUCAUUCUUCUGCGGAUGUAGACCCGGAUAUCUCAUGGACAAAGGUAUCUGUAAAGGUUAGUCAACUCGUUUCCAGCUUGAUGAAGUCUAUAAUUGCCAACGGAAUUUAAAAAAAAAGAAUUUAAAAU